AUGAUGAGCAAGAAAGGGGGGAGGCAGCUCUGCAAAAACAAGAAGAACGUCCCGGCGACCCCGAAGCUUCGCGACAACAGCCGCGUUUACUUCACGACUGAGGGGGCGCAGUACAUGGCGCUGGACGUCGGUGGCGGAGGUCUGUGUGCUCUUCUCGGCGUCAUCGCUGUGGCGAUGGACGCCGCAGGAACCCCUUGUGAGGAGAUUUUCGCAGCCGUCAGCGGCGAGCUCACGGACGACAUGAAGGAGCACGUCCAGUCCCUCCGCGCCAACAUCGUCAGCACGUGCGGCGACCAGUUCACCUUCAAGGACGGUGAAGAGCUGGCUAGCUUCGACGACAUCGUCCACGACCCGAUGUGGCUGAUUGUGACGAGGGCGAUGUGGGAGCUGGUGACACUUCAUCCAACUGGAUAUCUCGACGGAAGGGCGGUGUGGCUGUUGGCGAAGUUCCUCGGUUUGCACGGAUUUAGGAUAGUCAAGCACGAAGACGGCCACUUGGUCCCAUGUGAUGCCGGGGGCCCCAUCUCCUCCGAAGAGUGCUCCAUGAUGCUGCACGACGGCUACGGGCACUUCAAGGCCCUGAUUCCACUUCGAAGAAUGCCACUGGAGUUCGAGAUGGAUGAAGAGUACCGUUUGCUCCUCGACGAGGGUUUCGUGGACGGCGCCGAUGAGGAGGAGGCCGUUCUGGGGACGUCGGAUUCGGAGACUUCGGACGGCACCGACGAGGUCCCUGAAUCGGCUGUCGCGGUAGAUGUAGCCGGCACGGAGGCGUCUGACGGUGGAUCGACGCCGAGCGCCGAAUCGUCUGAUUCCGGUGGGGGCGACAGUGACCUGGGGGCGCGUGGAGCGUUUGGCGAGGAUGCUGAGGGAGAAGAGGUCAAAGCGGCUACCGGUGUGUCCAGCAAGAGGAGCCACCCAUGGGACGACGACGAGUAUUGGGAUCACGACGCCAACUACUUCUAA